CGUAGCCUAGGAAACGGGUGUAGCUACAACAACCAACAACAUACCGAGUUACAUAAAAUUUUUGUUGAAUUGAAAUUUACUAACUAUAUACAUGACUUACGUUCUUUAUAAUAUGGUUUAUUAGUGCGAAUUGUUGAACGAGUUUGUUGCGAUUGUUCGCUGCGAAUAGCAAUGUUGUUUUUGACAGAUUAGAAUAUCUGGCAGAUUUCGAGUGCGCGGGCGACGAGGUACUGGUGGAGUCGUCUCCGCCGGCCUCGCCCGAUAUGGCGGCGCGGCUUGCGGCGCCCGCACAGGGCGCGGGCGCGGGCGGCGCGUCGCCGAACGUACGCGAGCUGAUCGUAAUCCCGGAGCUGCCCAACACUAUCCACUUGCAGCACGCGAUACAGCAGGUGUCUAGUACAGUCGUGGAGGUAAAUGGUGACAGUUCAGGUCAUUCCAGCCCCACGGCAGAAGCUCAGCACACCUACAUUGUCACAAUGGACGAGUCGUGGCCGGAUCACGAGCAGCAAAUCAAGGUUGAAAUCCAGAGUGACCAAGAAAGCGAGGGCGGCACUGGAGUCAACUAUCAUGUCCAGUAUGUGGACCCGCAGGAUAUUUAUACACAGUCCGGCCAUCAGGGGCAUUUGGACCCGCUACGCUCGUACCCCGUGUACGGCGUGGCGAACGUGGGAGCGGUCACCGAGGGCACCGCCGUCACCGCGGUCACGGCGGUCACGGGCGCGCCCGACGCCGCCGAGUGGACGGCCGAGUUCACGUUCAACCCGACCACGGAGCAGCCCACGUCGCCCGCGCCCGUCGCCCGCAUGCCGCCCGCCACCGUGCAGUGGCUGCUGGACCACUACGAGACCGCUGAAGGAGUGUCGCUCCCGCGGUCCACGCUGUACACGCACUACCUGCGCCACUGCUCCGCGCACCGGCUCGAGCCCGUCAACGCCGCGUCGUUCGGCAAGCUCAUCCGCUCCGUGUUCGUGGGGCUGCGCACGCGCCGCCUCGGCACGCGCGGCAACUCCAAGUACCACUAUUACGGCAUCCGCGCCAAGCCGUCGGCCGGCGACAUCGACCUCGACAUCGAGGUGCCCAAGUGCGACCUCGAGGAAACUCAAGAGCCGCGCGACAGGGAUCCCGAACCGACUCCGGUGGGAGUGAGUGGCGUCGCUCACCGCCAAUACCUGGGCUCCGUCAGCGCGCCCGAGCCGCCCGAACUCAUAGUGGAGGAUCUGCCCGAAGAUAUACCGCUUGAGGCCUUGCAACUGUUCAGAGAUCAGCAUCGCCAGCACGGCAUCGAGUUCCUGGAAGCGGUGGCGGCGUUGGACAUAGGCGCGGUGGAGCGUUGCCGGCGCGCGUUCUGGCGGCGCGUGGGCCGAGCGGGCGCGCGCCUGGCCACGCGGCGCGACGUGUGCACGUGGCUGCGCCGCGCCGAGAUGCGCCUGCACCAGCGCGCCGUCGACCUGCUGCUGCCCGACGUGCUGCGGCCCAUCCCGUCGCAGCUCACGCAGGCCAUCCGCAACUUCGCCAAGAGUCUGGAGAGCGCCCUGGCGUCGGGCGCCAGCGGAGCGCCCGCUAUCGCACUGCGGGCGCAGGGCUCCGCCGCCGCCGCGCUGUCGGCCGCGCUGCGCCGCUACACGUCGCUCAACCACCUGGCGCAGGCCGCGCGCGCUGUGCUCAACAACCAGCACCAGAUACAGCAGAUGUUGUCGGACUUAAACCGCGUGGACUUCCGCGUGGUGCGAGAGCAGGCCGCGUGGGCGUGUGCGUGCGGAAGUAAUAGCACUGCGCACAAACUAGAGGCUGAUUUUAAGUCGCGGCUGGGGCGCGGCGCGCCGCUGGAGGCGUGGGCGUCGUGGCUCGAGGGCAUGGUGCGCGCCGCACUGGCGCCGCACGAGCGCCGCGCCGACUACACGCCGCGCGCGCGCCGCCUGCUCUUGGACUGGUCCUUCUACUCCUCGCUCGUCAUACGCGAACUGACGCUCAGGUCGGCGGCGUCAUUCGGCUCGUUCCACCUCAUCCGACUGCUGUACGACGAGUACGUGUCGUUCCUCAUCGAACGGCGCGUGGCCGACCACCGCCAGGAGCCGCCCAUCGCCGUCAUGCAGCGAGCUAUGGACGAUGACGACGAGUUACCCGAGGAGCCCCCGCGCGAGCCCGAAGAGGAAGACGGCGAACAGGACUGGGAGUGGGAGGACGAAGACGACGAGCCGCCAGACGUCAAGCGAGCCAAGAGCGACGAGUAGCGCUGGAUGUUUGAGUGUAAUUUACUCAUCCAGCAAAUGGGACAGCAAUGAAAAGUUGAAGAAUAUAACUACGCAGUCCUCUAUGGAAAAAAAUUAAGUGUGCAAUCUAAUCAAACUUAACAUUUUAUGAUAUACUCAAAACAGUUUGGUGUUAUGUGUUAUAAAGAGACACUCUGGUCGAGUUCAAAAACUUAAAAUAUUUAUAUGUGAAAAUAAAAUAUUUUUAAAUAAGGUAUAAAUUGUAAUAAAGCUUGUCGCACAUUACGAGAGGAGACGUAAGCGAUGCUUUUUUCGUGAUCUCGGUACAUAUAUAGUGUUGAGCUUGUGAAAGAAUGCGUAUGACGUCAUUCAUAUCGUUUCAGGAGGAAUUCACUGGUAACGCGGAAGGACUUGUAAAACGAAUAAGGCCUUUGGUUAUUACUGGGGGAGAAAUAGUCCCUCCCCACAGCAAAAAGCUUAGGUGUUUUCGUUACUUGGAGCUGAAGAAUCAUAUUAGUAUUUUUUAACAUGAAUACAUUAAUUUUAAAGAAC